AAUUUAUUACAAAUUGAAAUUAAUUCAUGGAGAGAGUAAGUCGUUGCAACCUUUUAUGGAAAUUUUAGCCAUGCAAUGUCUCUUAAUGGUCUAGAAGACUGAGAAAGCACUCCACAGCAUUGAUUUUUCAAAAACUAUCAAUUUGUUUGAGCAAGAAAAACUGAAGGUCAAUAUGAAUGUUUUCACGAAGAAUAGGAUGAAGUAUGAUGUUAAUUAUAAUAAGCGAAGAUUUGGGAAACCUGAGGAUGAUAAAAAGUGGAGGUCACAAUCUAUCAAUGUUUCAAGACAAAAUAAGCACCUUUCAUCCCCACUAAAACUCAUUGCUCCAAAUUUACACAGAGUUUCUGUAAACCAACACCGAAAAUAAAAAGGCCAAGAAAGUUCAUACAAUUCAAAACUUACAAAAUCCAACUUCUAGUAACCAAAAUCCCUCUCUCAAAAAACCAAUAGACACAGAAUUCAAAAACAAAGCCAAUGAAUCCAUAUCCUAUCUCUGCAGAAAACGGCUUCUUGAAUUUGACCCCAAAAUAUUCAUCAAAGAUUCCAAAAUUAAAGCAAUUGAUGCAAAAUUAGAGAUAGAUAAAAUAAAAUAAGAAAAUAGAAGAUUUAAGAAGAAAUAAAUCAAAUAAUGGAAUAAAGAGGUCUGAGAUUAUUGAGAGUCAAUUUAGGAUGAGUCAGCAACUGAAGGAUAGAUAUAGGGAUAUUAUUAGGAUUAAGGAUAAUAAAUUACUUGAAGAAUCUCUAAAUGAUAUGGAGGACUAUGAAUAUGACAUCUCACCCACUCCUAGCCCUCGUAAACCCUCUAAGCAUCACUCUCUCACAAAAGCCAAGACCUUCACUCACAAUUACUCCAAAAUCAGGCCAAUAAUUAAAUAAAACUCUGGCUAACUUUCACAUUAACGAUUCUCUAGUCAAGGCCAAAGAGGGGAGAUCCAAGAUCAUUAUAAAGUUAGAGAAAUAUAUCAUUAAAGACUCGCAAAGGAACCAUAAGUUUGCAGAUCCUUUUGUGAAGGAAGAAUCUCUUCCUGACUCUUUUAGUCAAUACAAGUAUAACAAGCAUAUCGGCCAAAAGGAAGUGUACACACCCAUAGGAGUAAAUCCUAUCUCAGAGGGCUUUGCUCGUACUAUAAAGCCUCGUAGAGCAACACCAGGGCUAGUUUCCUCCCUAUUCAGGCGUUCUAAACAUCCCAUUCACUAAUAUUUAUAUUCAACUUUUA